AUGCUGCAGUGUUUGAAUAAAGCAUUCAAACUCGACCCGACUAAUCCACAGUUGCACGUCGCUGCAGCUAAAUACCUUCAUUUCUACGCGAAUGCGCAUUUCGAAGGAACGGUCGGUGAAUUGGCUCAUCAACUUACUGAUAUCCUCUUCCCGGACUCGAAGUCGGCAUCUGAUCUGAACGCUAAAUUUAAGAGUGAUCACCUCAAUUCAUUGCCGCAUAGACUCGCAGUUGCUGAAGUGAACAUUCUGCUGGAUGCAAAAAGUGCGGAUUUAACGAAGAAUUGGUUAUUGAAAUCAUUGGAUGACGACAAGCUGCACGGUGUGACGCUGAAGACGGCCGAACAACUGUAUAACGGCAUUUUGUAUGGAAAAUUUGGUGUGUGGACUGCUGACGAAGUAAGUGCGAGAAUGUCGUAA